UGCCCUCCAACCUUCAUCCACAAUCCUAGUAUGUUCUCAGUGGUGUCAUGUCAAUAAUAUUAAACUAUAAUAAAUAUAAUCCUCACUGCGCUGGUGCUCACCGCCAGGUACAAGUUUUAUCUAAACAAUAUAGAGAUGAUCAGAUCAGAUUUACAGGGGAGUGAGUGCAGACCUCAGAUUAAAAAUCCACUUACAGUCCAAGUUGGAUCUUUGGUUUCGAUUUCUCCAGCAGUACUGGUCAAAAGGGCGGCACGGUGGCUCGGUGGGUAGCACCGUCACCUCACAGCAAGAAGAUCCUGGGUUCGAUUCCCAGGUGGGGUGACCCGGGUCCUUUCUGUGUGAGCUCCGGUUUCCUCCCACAGUCCAAAGACGUGCAAGUGAGGUGAACUGGAGUAACCGGUAACUACCUGUCCUGUCAUGAAUGUAACCAAAGUGUGUAAAACGUGACGUUAAAAUCCUAAUAAAUAAAAUACAUGCUGGUCAAAAUGUACAUACCGGUUGCAGGUUUAAGCCCCACUGACACCAAUUUGGCUCUGUUGGACCCCUGAGCAAGGCCCCAAUCAUUAACAGUAUAAAUAAACCUGUUUUUGUGCGGUUGAGAGGUGUGGCAGCACAAUCAUUGCAUAUAAUUAUACAACACAAUGUUUAGGCAACAUCUCUCUCUCGUCUCUGCUCUCUUCUCUCAGGCCCAUCAGCAGUGCAGGAAGGCAGACCGCUUGCUCGCUGCUGGGAAGUAUGAAGAGGCCAUCUCAUGUCAUAGAAAAGCAGCAGACCUGCUGGACGACGCCAUGAAGCUCACCAAGUGUGAACAGGCUCGUCUGUCUCUGGAGCUGCAGCGGGACAGCCACGUCAAACAGCAGCAGCUGAUCGAGGAGCGCCUGAAGCGUGCCAGGCGGGACGACAAGCCCCGCGUCCUCCACGCUCCCCCGUCCUCGUCCUCCGACGCCCCGCCUCACGUCCAGCUCAGCGCCUCCGUGUCCUGCCCCGAACGUGGUGACUACGACACCUGGCUGUACCUGCUGAAGAACAAAGGUUCGCCCGGCGCGCAGCAGCCGGAGCCGUGUACGGGCACCAAGACCCUGAAGGACGACAAGACCCGCCUGGAGGAGCAGCGCACCACCAUCGAGGACCUGCGCCAGCUCCUCGAGGGCCUGCUGGCCGAGAACGAGCGGCUCAAGAAGGAGAACGAGCAGCUGCGCCAGGAGAACGCGCGCCUGCGCAGGGAGAGCGACGCGGACGCGGACGCCCACCUGGUGGAGAGCUCCGAGCUGUGGCUCAUGCCCACGGCGCCGGAUCAGCGCGGGGCGGCGGGCAUCACCAUCCCGCACCUGCCGCCGCUCGAGAUGCCCAAUCACGAGAUCCCUCUGGAGGAGCUGCCCCCGCUGGAGAUGCCCGAGGACAUCCAGCACGAGCUGCAGGAGCUGCUGGACGGGGAGAAACUUUGAGGCCGGCUCACACGGGCACGGGCGUGGACGUGCCAUUCAGGUUUAGUUCAGGUUCUGACUGUGGCAUUCGGAACAGCGUCUGUAAAGCAGGACUGUGUUUUUUUUUUAUUUUGAUUUGUACCCGUUUGUGUGUAAAACGAUCCCGUGAUAUGAGAGAGACUCAUUUCUGCAGGACUUGUGCCUUUCUGAAUAAACGUGUAACUAAUUAUGAAUAAUAUGAAUAAUAAGGGACUAACGGGCGCGGUCAUGUGACCGACUCCGAGAGCUCUCGACUGAGUAGUUUAGCAAACAUCGCCAGGAGGACGUCCGGGCACCUUGAAGAACCCACUCUGAACUCAUCUGACACACUAAGACGUGGACGGCGAGCACUGUGAACUACAUCCAGACUGUGUACGCGAGAUCUGAAGUGUGUGUGUGUGUGUGUGUGUGUGUUUGGCUUCCUGACUUGCUAGCGUGUUGGCAUGCGGAUUGUCGGGUGCAGGGAGGGAACGUGCAGCUUCACUGCCUUUAAUUAUUGCAUCCCGUCAUUUCCACUUUCAGCCGUGCGACUGAGCCUAAACGAACGUCGGAAAGCGCAACAUGAUGUCAAGCUCGGCGAGCAAUAACGCAUGCAGCAGAUUCCACUCAUCAUCCAGGCGGUCCUCGCCUCACGGCUCGUCUUUGUGUUUUUCGGAACGGGAGAACCUCGAGCCUUUUCCGAUCACCCUGUCAGGAUGUGUGUAAAAGGAGAGUCUGCGUUAACAACAACGUUGUGGGACAAUUUAGUUCCUGAAGCCUAAUCCGUACUGUAAUCGAUCAGCUGAUUGUCCCGAUCAUGCAGUUAAUACUUUUUCAGGUAAUUCUGGAUUUGGGAUUUGUACUUUUGAAUAUGCAGGGCGGCCGAAUCCGUACACAAUCAUCUAGCACACGAGAAUAAUCACACUAAUCAUCAGUGAAUCCACCUGAGAGAAAAAAGCAGAAUGUUUUAAUGUUUUAAUGUUAAUAAUGAAUCAUUUGUCUCAGUAAAAGGGGGAACCAAAUCAUUAUAUUGUCUUUUUUAUUAUUUCAUGUUGAUAAUUUUAGGUUUACAGAUGUCAGCAGUGCAGGAACUGAUUGCGACUGGACUGUUUUCGCUUCCAUUUCGUCCGUUUCACGUUAAUCAGACUCAUACGUGUGACUGUUUUGUUCAUGCAUGAAUGGCACUUCUAGUUGUAAGUAUAUGAUCAUGAUAUUAAAAUGAAGCCUUUAUGUUAAAA